AGCUGUUGUAACUGUUUGUAGUUACACACAAAAAAAAGCCUGUCUUCUAACAGUUUGUUAAUAUCAUUUAGGCAUUUAUCAUCAUUAUUAUUCUCUACUGCAUUUUCAUUUUCAAGAAGUGGACAUACAUUCAGUGUAUUUAACCAUUCUUUAUGACCAGCAAACCUAAAGUUAUGAAGUUACAUUGAAUAUGGCCAACCACUACUUUCUACUGCUUUUAUUUUGCACAUCGGUGCUACAAACAGUUAUCAACAGUCAACAUGUAUGUGACUUUGAGAAAGAUCUCUGCAACUGGAACAGCCAUAAAUCCAUCGACAUAACAUGGAAAAGAAAAGAAGGAAAAUCAAAUAAACACGAAGCAGAGACCUUGGCCGACCACACCACAGGAUCUGGCUCUUACUUACAUCUUGAGUACCAAAAUCUGACUGAGAAAAAUGUUGCCCAGAUAUUUACACCAGCAUUUCUGCAGAUGGACAAAAGCUAUUGUUUGUCUUUCUAUUAUUACAUGUCUGGCAAGUUUGACAAAGUCUUGUAUAUCUAUAGAUAUAGCAAUAACACUCAGCUACAAGAUGAAGAAGUUAUUGCACUUGAAGGUUCUCAAGAUGAAAACUGGAGACUUUUUCAGACAUCAUUUAAAACUGAAAGAGAAAAUCGGCUGAUGUUUGAAGCUCAUCUGGAAGGGCCCACAGCUGAUAUUUCUAUCGAUGAUGUACAACUUAAAGAAGGCUACUGUCCAGAGUCAAAUGAGAUUACAAAUUAUGAGUCACUGGGGAAUAAUACAGCUCCACCAACUCAGUUACCUUUCUCUUGUGACUUUCAAGAUAAUAUAUGUGGUUUUAAGAUGAUGUCAGGCAUUUUGAAAUGGAGACAAGGUCAUGGCACAAGGUCUUACUUCAACAAUGGGCCCGUGGACGAUCAUACAUUUCGAACUCGAUCAGGCAUUUACUUAUAUGCAUCAGCCCCUUGGAAAAGUAAGAAAAGAGCGGCUCACUUAGUGUCUCCAGAAUUCUCAGGCAAAGAUCAAAUUUGCGUUCAGUUUUGGUAUAACAUGUAUGGAGAAAAUAUCAAUAAACUCGAAGUUAUUAUACGGAAUCAAACAGUUUGGUAUGCUGCCGGUGACCAAGGAUAUGGUUGGAAAGUGGCCUAUGUUUCCGUAUUGCCAGGAGAAGAUUUUAAUAUUACCUUCAAUGCUUGGAGCAGUCUUAGAAAGACUGGUUAUAUGGCUAUAGAUGAUGUACGUCUUGAACAAGGAAACUGCACACGACCAGACAUCUGCACUUUCGAAGGAGCUAUGUGUUCUUGGACUAACUCCAAGCGGGAUAGUCUUGACUGGGUUGAAACAAAAGGUUCUAAGACCCGCAGAAUUGGGCCAAGUUCAGAUCAUACAGUUGGGACAACAAAAGGGACAUACCUGUUUCUCGAUGCCAGCAAGUCCAAAGCAGAAGACACCCGAGCUUUGUUAACCAGUGAAUCUUUCUCAAUGAGAGUGAAGACAAAAUGUUUACAGUUCUUUUACCAUAUGAAAGGAAACGUUGGUCAACUGACAGUGUACAAAGAAAACGAAGAUCAUAAAACAGAGCUUCUUUGGACCCUUGUUGGAGACCAAGGGCCCGUAUGGCAUUAUGCCUCCAUUGAAAUUCGACCCCAACCAAAUAAUUUUUAUUUGGUUGUUGAAGGAAUCGUUGGUCUGAAUAACACAGGUGGAAUUGCAAUUGAUGAUUUUGCUAUGACUAGCAUAAAAUGUAAAACAACUCCUUCAAAAGCAAAUUUACAGAAACCUCUUGUCAAGACUACAAGGAAAAGCAUAACACCAAGUCAUGCAACAAUUGAACCAGGAAAGGUUGUUAUGAAUUGUAAUUUUCUCAACAAUACUUGUAAAUGGAUUCAAGGACAUGAUGAUACUUCUGACUGGAUUCGGACUCAAAGCAAGAAUUUUGGUGGUCAAGGACCAAUUGCUGAUCACACAAGUGCCAAUGGUUUCUAUAUGAACUUACCAUCCAAUGUUGGUCAAACCGCUCAUCUUCACAGUCAAAUCAUUACACCUGUCGCAGGGCACCCGAUGUGCUUAUCAUUCUGGUAUUAUAUGUAUGGUCCAAAUAUUGAAACAUUUAAGGUGUAUAUUACGAAAAGCAACUUGAAAGAGAAAGCACCGCACUGGGUGAGAGUAGGCACCCAGGGAAAUCAGUGGCAACAGGGGAAAUUAUUGAUAUUACAAACACGGCCCUUUAAGAUUACCUUUGAAGGGAAAGUGAAACAAUCAACAUUCGGUAAUAUCGCAAUUGAUGACAUUCUUCUCAUUCAUGGCACCUGUAAUGAACUCACAACCAGGAAACCUGAUAUAUCUGUUCCUCUUGCACAGCGGAGUUGUAAUUUUGAAGCUAACGACAUAUGCGGUUUCUCAGUUGAAAACACAACAGAUUUCCGCUGGAGUCAACAUUCUGGUAGCACAGAUACCUUAGGAACCGGACCAACAAACGAUCAUACAUUAGAAUCAUCUUCAGGUCAUUAUAUGUAUGUGAGUGCAAUGGACGGAAACGUAACAACGAAAUCAUCUCUGAUAAGUCCAUUUUACAAAAACACCGACAGCGUUUGCCUACAGUUUUAUUACCACAUGUAUGGAGAUGGAAUCGGUACUCUGAACAUUUACACAAAGGUUGGCAAUACUAUGGACAGAAUUUACCAUAUUUCUGGAAACCAAGCUAAUAAAUGGCAAGUGGAUACAGCAACAAUUGAUAUUGCAAAGACAUCGAAAAAUCUUUACAGAGUGAUAUUUGAAGCUGUGAAAGGACCAAAUAAGCGAGGUGAUAUUGCUCUUGAUGACAUCUCAUUUACCUUGGGAGCUUGUUCAGUGAAAGGAGAUUGUGACUUCGAAGACCCAAACUGUUUAUGGACAAAUGUUCAAGGUACUGGUGAUAAUUUUGAUUGGAUAAAAUUGAAGGGCCCAGCUACAAAUACCAACACAGGCCCAAAAUUUGAUCACACACAACAGAAUGCACAAGGUCACUACCAAUAUAUUGAAAAAGCAAAAGGAAAUGACCCAGGCCGAGCUUGGUUAGUUAGUCCACUUUUCCAACCACUUACUUCUGAUAAGUGUCUGCAGUUCUGGUAUAACAUGAAUGGGAAAGACAUUAGUAGACUGUCAGUUGUAAUCACCGUUGCAGGCUCAAGCAAUAUUACCAUUUGGCAAUUAGAAGGAAACCAAGGUAAAGCAUGGUUACAAGGCCAGGUAUCUCUACCAAGGAUAAAGAAACCUUAUUCUGUCGUAUUUGAAGGCAUCAAUGGCAAAGAACAAGGUGGCAUAGCUCUGGAUGACAUCACUUUUAUAAACGAAGGCUGCAGAAUAAUCCCAUCCAAAGCUUAUGUAAAACGCAGCAUGACAACCGUUAAACCAGCAGCGACAAAAGCUCCAGUCGAUGUCUCAACUUCCUGCACAUUCACAAAAGAUUACUGUGGAUGGAAGCAAGAUAAAUCAGACGAUGGGGAUUGGCUAAUCGGAUUAAGUGAGAAAGCAUCAAUGAAAGACCAUACUGGAGAUGACGGCGGUCGCUAUAUAUUUGUUAAACAUUUAAAUCAACCAAACAAAAAGUUCCGGCUUAUCAGUCCAGACUUCACUCCAACUAGUGAUACAAGUUGUGUUACAUUUUGGUAUUACAAAUAUGGUUAUUCUUCAAAUUCCCUCAGAAUGUACAUAAAAGAAGGCCUUAAUUUACCAUCUUCACCUGUAUUAGCUGUAAAUGGAUUUCCAGCUAAAAGGUGGGAGAGAGAGAUGUACAGUGUCCACAUAAACAAAACGUUCAAUGUUGUGUUUGAAAUUCGAAGUGAUUCUUUUGGCAUCACAGCUUUAGAUGAUGUUUCUAUAACACACGGAGCUUGCAAGAAUGAUUUCAGUCAAUCAUUAUCCUGUGAUUUUGAAAAUAAAGAUAUUUGUGGUUUCCAGCAAGAUACCCAUGGGAAGAAACCCUGGGUUAGGCAUCAAGGCAGCACAUCAACCCUCAAUACAGGUCCUUUAUCUGACCAUACUUACAGGUCUAACAAAGGUCAUUAUAUGUUUGUGGAGGGCAGUAACACAAAACCAAAUUCCAAAGUCCGACUCUUCUCACCAGUCAUCAAGCUAGACAGUUCCUCAUCGUGUGUUGAGUUCUACUUCAAUAUGAAAGGAAAUGUUGGAAUGCUCUCUAUCUAUCUCCUGAGUGGAAAUCGUGCUUCAUUUCUCUGGAAUCGAUUCGGACAUCAAAAUUCUGACUGGCAGUUAUCAUCAAUACAAAUAAAUUCUCAUAAGCAAUAUCAGAUUUAUUUCCAAGCUAUUGUUGGUGGUAAAUACGAUGGAGACAUUGCCAUUGAUGAUUUUACUGUUCGCAGUGGCCAGUGUAAUAAACAAGGAACAUGUAACUUUGAAAAUGGAAUCUGUGACUGGGAAAUGUCAGAUGAAAAUGACUUUGAUUGGCUCAUUCAGAAAGCUGAUGUAAAAUCCAAAGCGUUAGGCCCUCUCACGGACCACACAAAUAUCAAAGUUAUUUCCAAAGGUCACUAUCUUAUGGCGAAAUCAAACAGUGGUCAAGCUGGCAGUAUUUCUAAACUAGUAAGCACAGAUUUUAACCCAACAGUCAACUGUCUCCAUUUAUGGUACAAUAUAUAUGGGAAGACACCCGCCACAAUGACAGUGUACAAGAAGGCAUCAAAUACAAGUAUUUUGUGGCAGCUUACAGAUGAGCAAGAAGGAAACUGGAAGGAAGCACAAGUUCCUAUAUCAAACACUUCAGAAGUAUUUUCAAUUGUAAUUGAAGUUAAGUCUGGCAGCAAAAGCUAUGUGGCAAUUGAUGACACACAUUUUAACAAAAUACAUGAUUGCGCACGUAAACCAAGCAAUGCUAUUGCUGCUCAUACUACGGCCAAAAGAUCAUAUACCACUAAGCCAGCAACAGUUCCUCAGACAGACUCUUUUAAAUCAUGUACAUUUUCAACUGGGUUUUGUGGUUGGCAACAGCUUCCUGGUAGUAAAGUAAAGUGGCAAAUGAAGCGAGGUAAAACAGCUACACAGGAUACAGGACCGAAAAGGGAUCACACCACUGGCACUGGAAACUAUAUCUAUAUUGAAACAUCCAACCCGGUUGUAUCAGGAGACAGCACUCAUCUUAUCAGUCCCAAAUUUCAAGUACCAGGAUCACAGGAAUGGUGUCUAAGUUUUUGGUAUCACAUGUAUGGAUAUGGAAUUGGUACGUUGUCUGUGGUAUAUAGAGGCAAAUCUGAUGUAGUUGCUUGGCAGAAGAGGAAAUCUCAAGGAAACAAAUGGAUAAAUGGUCAAGUAAACAUCAGAGGACCACAAGAACUGCAGAUUAUAUUUGAAGUAACCAAGGGGAAAAGUUUUACUGGAGACAUUGCUUUAGAUGAUAUAAUGAUUACACCAAAACAAUGUUCAGAAGCUAAAACAUCACUCCUGUCGUUCUGUGAUUUUGAAAGCACAUGUAGCCUCUUCCAAAGUGUUCAAAGUACUCUAAAUUGGCAGUUAACUACAAACACAUACCAUCGAAGAUAUAGGGACCAUACAUACAAAUCAACAUUGGGUGAUUACAUAUAUGUUGACCUCACUAAGGCAAAUAAAUACAGCGAUGCAAGAUUCAACAUGCCGACAAUACACAAUAGAACAGUCUGUGUAGAAUUCUUUUAUCGAGCCUUAGGGUCCUUCACAGGAAGAUUGACAGUCUUCAGAAAGGUCAAGGAUGAAACACUUUCACUUUUAAAGAUUGAAGGCAAUGAUGUUCCAAAUGAAUGGGCUUUUGCAGAACUAGAAGUGCAGUCUUAUGGAGAUUUACAGUUAUCUUUCUACGUUUUGAGUGGUAAGAACCCUAUAGGAGGUAUUGCCAUUGAUGAUAUUGCUGUGGCAAAUGACCACUGCAAACCACCUGCUUCUUGUGACUUUGAAAAGGAACACUUAUGCCAUUGGAAAAAUUCUCUAAGUAACCGCCAUGAUUGGCUUGUCCACAGUGGAGGAACUGAUUCCCGAUUUACUGGUCCAAGUGCUGACCAUACAACAGGAAAACCAACAGGAAGUUAUAUAUACAUUGAGGCCUCUAAUCAGCGCAGAAACGAGAAAGUACGAAUAGUUAGUGAACCGCUAACAAACAAUGGAUUCACACCUUGCUUUCUCUUUUGGUAUAACAUGUAUGGUAAUGGCAUCGGCCAACUAAAUAUAUACAUUCAAGAUUCUGAUCAGAAAGAGACAUUAUUGUGGACUCUCAAAGGAGACCAAGGAAAAUCUUGGCAGAUUGGGAAGAUACCAUUGAUUACUUCAAAGAGCGAAUAUAGGGUUGUUAUUGAAGGCUCUACAAAUUCCGUCAGAGGUGAUAUCGCCAUCGAUGAUAUUUAUACUAUCCCACAGUCCUGUUCAUUCUUUCCAUCUCGAGCACAAGCAUUUUUUGAGCCAACAACCCAAAGCCCAGCAACAACGACAGAGAAUACAAUUGAAACUGAUGUUGAUGAGAUGUGCACAUUUGAAAAAGGAAUGUGUAUUUGGGCACAAAGUCAAACUGACCAAUUUGAAUGGAAACUACGACAGGGUUAUACUCCAAACCAAAGUAUUGGACCUCAAGGAGACCAUACAACAGGAUCGGGCCACUACUUGUACAUAGAUACUGCGGGACAAGCUAUCAACAGUAGAGCACAGCUAUUCUUUACAUACACUCCAACACAAAACAAAACAAGGUGUUUAAAGUUUUGGUACAACAUGCGUGGACAGCAUGUUGAUUAUUUAAAUGUUUAUAUCCAGUAUGGAACUGGUUCAAAUUCCCCUGCAUGGUCAAGAAGAUCAGACCAAGGACCCAACUGGCAACUUGCACAGAUUAACUUUGAUGAAGAAUAUUCGACAGAUAUGAAGAUAAUAAUUGAAGGAGUCAAAGGUGGAAACACUCUUAGUAAUAUUGCUAUUGAUGACAUCACAUUAACAAAUGACGGCUGCAAAGAACCCAUUGGUAAAUGUGAUUUUGAAACUCGAAGCUUAUGUGGUUAUCAACCUGAUAGUUCUGCUAACUUUAAGUGGAUAUGGAGAACAGGUUACAAAUCAUGGUUUUCAACGGCACCUAAUAAAGAUCAUACAUAUGGAUCAAGCAACGGCCACUACAUGCAUAUCUCAUCUCGCUCUCCUCGAAAGCCAAAGGAAGUAGCUCGACUGUUGUCUCCAAAAUAUGAUGCUCCUGAAGAAGACCACUGUGUACAGUUUUACUACAAUAUCUACGGACGAAAUGUUGGAUCACUCAACAUAAAGUUGCGCAUUCAUGAUACCAAGCCCUAUGAUACAGACAGUUACCUUCAAAUUAAAGGGGACCAACAAAAAGGAUGGAUACUUGGAAUGGUAGAAGUACCAAAGAUGAUAGAAAAUCCGUAUCAGAUUAUAUUUGAAGGGGUCAUUGGCACAGGGCCAUAUGGAGACAUCGCAAUUGAUGAUAUUACAGUUACCCAUGGAGAAUGUGAAGUUGGAGGUGACUGUGACUUUGACCAUGGUCGUUGUACGUGGACAAAUAUGGCUCACAAUAGAUAUAAUUGGUUGGUGGGAUCAGGAUCUACCGCAACUUCAAAUACUGGACCCGUAAAUGAUCACACAUUUCAGAAUUCAAAAGGAUUUUAUCUUUUCAUUGACGCAACAUAUUUGAAGCAAGAAGACAAAAGCCGUUAUAUUAGUCAAAUGUUUCCUGCUCUCCAUACUGAAAGACGCUGCUUUACUUUCUGGUACAGCAUGAACGGUAAUGGAAUUGGUAUUCUGAAAAUUUUGACUAAAUUUGAAACUGGUAGUAAUGUAACUAUUUGGGAACUCAGCAGGGAUCAAGGUAACAAGUGGCUUUAUGGACAGGCACCCAUACAAUCUCAUACAGAAUAUCAGAUAAUUAUAGAAGCAACAAGAGGAAGAACAUUCGAAGGGGACUUAGCCAUUGAUGAUAUUAUCUUUAAAGACUCUGAUUGUUCAGUACUACCACACACUGCAGCUCCAAAGGACACCAAUGUUGUCAUUCCAACAGGCAUACCACCUAAAAACACAGAAACUACAAAACCAUUCAAUUGUUCCUUUGACGACGGAAUAUGUGGUUGGACCCAAGAUCCGCAAGAUGACUUUGACUGGAGUGAAAUGGCUGGCAAAACACAAACCUGGGGCACUGGACCUUCAUCUGAUCAUGGUGGAAAAGGCCAUUAUCUUUACAUUGAAGCAUCUAACAAACGAAAGGGUCAAAAGGCUCGACUGGUCAGUCCCCUGGUCAAAUCAGUCGGCAUGGUAUGUGUGAGCGUAUAUUACUAUAUGUAUGGCAGUGAUAUCAAAGACCUUAAAAUUUAUGUCAUGUCUGGGUCUAACUCACCUCAACAAAUAUUUGCCAAGUCUGGAUCAAGUGGAAGGCGAUGGAACCAGGCCCAGGUUCAGUUUCAGACACUAUCUCCAUUCAAUAUUAUUUUAGAAGCAACCAGGGGCAGAGGAAAUCGAGGGGACAUUGCCAUUGAUGAUGUUGCUGUAAAUGAAGGAUUUUGCACAAGACAGGCAGCUAUUGGAAGUGGUAAAUAUUAUAAUUUUGAAAGCCGUAACAGAAUGGCUCAGAUGAAAGAUGAUGAUUUUGAUUGGAAAUUAGGCUCUGGCUGGGAAGCAAGACACUCCUCACGACCUUCAAAAGAUCAUACUUUCAAAACUUCAAGAGGUCAUUACAUGUACAUAAGAGGCAACUCUCGACUUAAACCUGAUGAUAAAGCAGUUAUGAGUACACCAGCUUUUUAUAGUCAAAACUCUGCAGUUUGUGUAACAUUUUGGUAUUUCCUCUAUGGGAAAGCAUCUGGUUCGUUAAUGGUCCAAUAUGUGAGUGAACAGGAUGGUUUUACAUCUCCAAAAGUAAUUUGGAUGAAGAAUGAAGACCAAGGCAAUCAAUGGAAUGAAGCUAAUCUAAAUAUUGAUGACCAUUCUGGAAAGCAUAUCCGAAUUGAAUUCGUUGGUAUUGCUGGCCCUGGUUAUUCUCUGAACGUUGCCAUCGAUGAUGUUUUUGUAUCAAAUAAGCCCUGCACUAUCAAACCAGAUUCAUGCAAUUUUGAAAAGGGUAAAUGUGAAUGGGAAAAUAAAAAUAAAGAUGAUUUUGAUUGGGUGUUAAGUUCAGGAAAAUAUACAUCACUUUAUGGACCAUCUAAGGAUCAUACAACUUCUACAACUGCAGGGUCCUACCUGUUCUUGGAACCGACCAUAAUACAGAAGUACGACAGUUCUCAAUCAAAUCAAGCAGCCAUUUUAGAAAGUCAACAAUUUUCACCCUCGACCUCGAAAAAAUGCUUUGAGUUUUAUUAUUACAUCAACAAAGCAAAAAAUUCCAGCUUGCAAAUGUUCUCUAGCCAAAAUGGUGAUGAAGAUUUGAUUUGGCAUUUAGCUGGGCAUCAAGGAUCAGGUUGGAUGAAGGGCCAAACAAACCUAAAAAAUAUUGCCAAUCCUUUUAGAGUCAAAAUAAAAGGGAACCGAGGCCCAAAUUAUGCUGGUGACAUUGCCUUAGAUGAUAUGAAGUUCACGACCACAAAGCAAUGUGCAACUCUGCCUCCCAAAGCCUCACCAGAUGUAACACCAACAACAACAGCAAGCCCACUAAUUAAAAUUCCUGGUUUUAAUUGCUCCUUUGAUAAGAAUUUGUGUGGCUGGAAGAAUAGUCAAGGUGCACAAAUUUCUUGGAAGAGAACCAAAGGAUCAACAAGAAAUUCAGAUACUGGGCCCUCAUCUGAUCAUAAUGGAGGUGGUUACUACAUGUACAUUGAAUCCUCAUUUUUUAGUGGUUUCUUAAAGCAUUAUGCUGAUUUGAUAAGCCCAACAUUUUCAACAACCCAAAAAGCUUGUAUUAGCUUCUAUUAUCAUAUGUUUGGAGAAAAUAUUAAUUCUCUGAGAUUAAUCUUAGCUCCAAAGAAGGUCUCAGCUAAGUACAUCUGGUUAAAGAAUGGUCCACAAAAAAAUAAAUGGUUACAAGGCACAGUUACAAUACCAGCUGUUAGUUCGUCAAAUAUUGUCUUCAGAGGAGUUUCUGGUUUUGGAAGUAGUGGUGACAUUGCAAUUGAUGAUGUAACCAUACACGCUGGAGAGUGUCAAGAAGACAUUAGCUCAAAUGCUGUUGACUGUGACUUUGAAUCAUCUGAUGGUUGCCAAUAUCUUCAAGAUAAAAGUGUUGACUAUAGGUGGAAAAAAUACUCUGGAUAUGGAUCCCCAUUUAGGGACCACACAAAAAAAUCAGUGUUUGGUCAUUUCAUGGGUGCAGGCUCUCGUAGAAUUUCCUCAGGUAAAAUAGCACGACUUUGGACACCACAAUUUGCAUUAAAAGAUGGACAAUGUUUAUCAUUUUGGUACCACAUGUAUGGGUCAAGAAUUGGUACACUCAAUGUUCAUGUAACUAAUGUGAAUGCUGUUAAUAGAAUUGGAGCAGCUGUUUGGACAAGAAGAGGUCAUCAAGGCCGGUCAUGGUUUGAAGAAUAUAUCCCGUUACCAAACUUCAUUAAUGCAUUUGUUAUCUUUGAAAGUAUUAAUCGCGGAGACAUAAUAGGUAUUGAUGACAUCAAACUUUUAAAUUCAACAUGUCCUGAGCCAGGUGACUGUCACUUUGAAAUAAGUUCCUGCGGUUGGCACAAUGAUGGAAACAACACUGUUAACUGGGAAAGAAUGUCUGGCCGAACUAUAUAUCGAAGAGAACAUCGCUAUAUUAGAGAUCACACAUACAGUUCCAUAGCAAGCAGUAUGAUGUACAUUGGUGUAUCUAAAUCAAAAAUGAAAACAAAAGGAGAUUUGGUUUCUAUUUCUUUUGAUAAAACAAGUGGUUCUGGUCUUUGUAUAAAGUUUUGGUACAUUAUAUCCGGAACCAAUAUUGGAAGUUUGUCUGUUAUCAUGCAGACUUCAAAUCAAAGCACAUUAAUGUGGAAGUUAUCUGAUUCACAAGGUUCUGGAUGGUCCCAAGGAACUUUCUUUAUAAAAAGUGAUUCUUCAUUCACCCUAUCAAUAAGAGCUGAGAUAGAAGAAAAUGCCAAUGGCUUUUUAGCUUUAGAUGACAUUAACUAUAAUUCACUGAGGUGUGCAGUCACUCCUAUAAAAGCUCGACCCUUGAAUCAACCAUCCACAACUAGUAAACCAGUAACAAUGGUAUCAACAAUAGCAACAAGUGUUCUGCCCCCAGGUCCAUAUGACUGUACAUUUGAAAGUAAAAACUUCUGUGGCUGGACUCAAGAUCAGUCUAAUUUAAAGUGGAUUAUAUCUAAAGGCUCCAGAUAUGGAUAUGAUCCUAUUGUUGACCACACACUUAAAACAUCAAAUGGCAAUUUUGCUCUAUUCCGAUAUAAGAGAACCCGUUCAAUCCAAUUUGUGAAAUUACUUAGUCCACCAAUUCAUAAUUAUACUCUGACCUGUUUCUCAUUUUGGUUUCACUUGUAUGGCAAUAGAGUGCAUUCUCUCUCUGUACAACACAUGACAAGCAACAAAGUUUUCACACAAGUGUGGUACCAUUCACAACCUUUAAGUAGAAAAUGGCAUCCCGCAUCCAUUACUUUAGGUCUUAAUGAGAAUGAUAAAAUAGCUUUCCAAGUUGAUUCCAGAUCAUAUCUUUCUGGCUCUGUUGCACUUGAUGAUAUUAAACUGACUCCAGGACAUUGCCACAUAAAAGAAAGUUGUGGGUUUGAAGAUGAAAAUCUGUGUGAAUUUGUACAAAUGAAAUCAAAAGGGAAUUUCUACUGGAAAGUCCGUGAUGAGAAGGCACCACCUAUUGAUACACAGAUUCUUCCGAGAUAUGACCAUACUGAGGACUCAUUGACAGGUCAUUAUAUGUAUUUGAGAAAUUCUCAUGUUCGCAGUAGUUCUGCUCGGUUGUUUAGUAAAGUCCAAAGAAAAACGUCCGGGUCUUGUGUUAGUUUUUGGUACAGUAUUGGAGGUACAAGUAAUUCAAUGCGUUUCAGAGUGUACUCUCUGAUUACUGACAUAUACCGUAAUCUCUGGACUCGUUCAAGUAGGACUGGCAAGACCUGGAACCAGGCUGAAGUAACAGUGAAAUCUAAUACACAUUGGCAGGUAGCUUUCCUUGGAUAUUCCACAAGAUUAGACAAACAAAGCUACAUUGCUCUUGAUGACGUUAAAAUAACAUCUGGAAGCUGUCCUUUGGAUGGAGAUUGUAACUUUGAAAAAGACAUGUGCUCUUGGUCAAAUUCCAACCAAGAUAAUUUUGAUUGGCUUCAAACAACUGCUGCAAACAACAGAGCUGGACCAAAAGUCGAUCAUUCUGAACAGACUGCACAAGGCUCUUAUAUCUAUGUGCUCCCUAAAUGGCCAAUACAAACUGGAGAAAAGGCUGUUCUUGUCAGUGAUCCUAUUGCACCUGUUCCACGAAGACGUUGCAUGAGCUUCUGGUAUUAUAUGAAAGGAAAUUCUGCUGGUGAACUGGAAGUUGGUUAUGCGAAUGAAUCAGUUUUGUGGAGAAUAUCUGAUGAUCAAGGCGAUAAAUGGCACCUUGGAAAAGUACCUUUGAGUAUAACCAAUCGUUUUAAAAAGAUGACAAUUUCCGCAAGCGCUGGUGCCGGUUCAAGGAGUAUUAUUGCUAUAGACGAAAUUAGCUUUGACUUAAAACCCUGCGGCUUGUAUCCAAUAAAUGCAAAACCUGUACUUAGACCAAGUACUCCUUCAGCACCAACAACACCGACUUCCCCACCAUCAACAUUCAAACCAAACAGCAAAUUUGAUUGUUCAUUUGAAAAUGGAUUCUGUAGUUGGGGUCAGUCGAGAAAUGACAUAUUUAACUGGACAUUACAACAAGGACCCACUGACAGCUCCGGUACUGGACCAAAUGUUGACCAUACUUAUGGUUCAAAGAAAGGCCACUAUAUUUAUAUUGAGUCCUCUUACCCACGUAAAAGGGGAGAUACGGCAAUCCUAACCUCUGCAUCAUUCAGUAAAAACAUUAAUUAUACUUUAGAAUUCUACUAUCAUAUGUACGGGUCAACAAUUGGAGGACUGAAUGUUACAAUGACUUUAGAUGGUCAACAACAAAGUCAGUUGCUGUGGUCUCAACGAAGAUCCCAGGCCCGUGCCUGGAUCAAAGCAGAACUUUCAAUUCCUCCUCAGAAUGUGCCAUUUGCUAUUUCUUUAGUGGGGAUUAUUGGCUGGUCUGUGUAUGGGGACAUAGCCAUUGAUGAUAUCAGAGUAUUUACAACAGAACAAACUGAAGCUCCACUUAAUUGCACCUUUGAAGCAUCAGGAAUUUGUAAGUUUUCUACGCCCUCUAAUGGUAACUAUCGCUGGAAAAAGCACACAGGGAUCGCAAGAUAUCCUAGCCAUGCACCAAGCUUUGAUCAUACUUCAGGCACGCCAUACGGUCAUUAUAUGGUAUUUGAAAAUCUUUGGGCAAAAAAUAAAAACUCUACAGCCUUAUUAAUAACCCCUACACAGAAAAGCAGUUCAGAUAUAUGCAUGUCAUUCUACUACUACAUGCACGGCUACAGAAGAGCUUCUCUGAAUGUCUACCAGCAAAUAAACAGUCAAAACUCAGCUUCUCUCUGGAUGGAUACAACAGAUCAAGGAUCUAGAUGGGUUAAGGCUCAAGUAACAAUGCCUGCCAGUCAAGAUUAUAAAGUCAUCUUUGAAGGUGUUCUUCACACUUAUGGUGCAUAUGUUGCUGUUGAUGACAUCAGUUCAGAAACCGGAGAAUGCCCAGAUCCAGGAGAUACCGAUUUUGAAGAUGACAUGGGUACUUGGUCGAACAUAAGGCGUAAUGAUGUCAAUUGGAUACGAGCUACUGGUCAAAUGCCAUAUCGACUUCCACAUCCAGCAAAAGACCACACUAUGAACAGUAUGAAAGGACAUUAUAUUUUCCUUGCCUCAGAUAGUAAGUCCCAAAGGAAAGGAAUAUUGAGAAGUGAAGUAUUUCCUGCUACCAAUCUCCGUUGUCUUCACUUCUGGUUUUAUUUGGAUGGUACUUCACCAGGUGGCAUCACCGUAUAUUUUGUCGAUGAAGAAACAGAAGCUAAAACAGCAAUAUGGGCCCUUUCUUCGGCACAAGGAAACUCAUGGAAUUAUGCUCAAACAGCAUUUGCUUGGAAGGAUUCGUAUUAUGUUGAAUUUGAAGGCAUAACUAAUCAGAAUCACGAUGUCUACACUGCUCUUGAUGAUAUCAUGUUCCUAAAUGAUUAUUGUGCAGUUCAGCCAUUAGAAGCCCAAACAAAAUAUAAGUUUUUGCCAAAAACAAAUACAACAUCAGCACCAGUAAUUACUGAUUCAGCAAUAGACUGUACAUUUGAAAAAGACUAUUGCAAAUGGACUCAUAAUAAAUCUGAUGUCUUCCUUUGGCAACGAAAACAAGGCCCAACUGAUUCAUCAAGCACAGGACCACAAACUGACCACACUUAUGGAAACUCUUCUGGUUAUUAUAUUUAUAUUGAGACAUCACGCCCAAGACGUCAAGAUGACACUGCAAGUUUGAUAUCAUCCCCAAUUUCACCGAUUUCAAAUGGUUGUUUCCGCUUCUGGUAUCACAUGUAUGGCGCUGAUGUGGAUACGCUAACCGUGUACAAUGCUAGCGGCAAGAGCCGCUCUCCGUUGUGGAGAAAACAAGGAACGGUUGAUGAAUUUUGGCACCAAGCGAUAAUUGAAAUUAAUUUUGAGAAAAGCACUCAGAUUGUGCUUGAAGGGAAACGUGGAAAGAGCUUCUCUGGAGAUAUUUCAAUUGAUGAUGUAUCUUUUUCAAAGAAGCAGUGUCCAAGUUCAAGUGAUUUCCUCUGUGACUAUGAAGAAACAUCUAUUUGCGGAUUUGUGCAGUCCCAAAAGGAUAAAUUUGACUGGGUUAGACAACAAGGUGCAUCUUAUUCCAGAAAUAGUGGUCCUUCUAGUGAUCACACCUUUGGAACUUGGCAAGGGCACUACAUGUAUAUUAAGUCAGUUACUCAUGGCACUGGUGACAACGCAAUCCUGCAAAGUCCAGAAUAUAAAUCAACUGGUGGAAAAUGUGCCAAUUUCUGGUAUCAUAUGUACGGCAGUCAAAUCGGCCAACUGAAAGUUCAUUUAAAAACACCAGUCAGCAAACAGUUACUUUGGAAACGACAUCAUGCUCAAGGAAACUUUUGGUCAUUAGCCCAAGUAAAAAUCGCCUUCUCCGGAACAUUCCACUUGGAGUUUGAAGCAAUCACUGAGAAAGGAAGCCAAGGUAACAUUGCCAUUGAUGAUUUCAGUCUGACUGAAGGGCAAUGUCCAAAAGCUGGUAAUAUUGAUUUCGAGAAAGGCCUUACAACAUGGAUGAACGUUAUUGAUGAUGACUUCGACUGGCUGAUUGGCACUGGAAAGCGAUACUAUAAUUACGAUGGUCCACGGAAAGAUCAUACAUUGAAGACCUUUUAUGGUCACUAUUUGCUUUUGAGGGCUUUGUCCCCGUUCAAACCUGGAGAUCAUGCUCUUCUCAUCAGUGAAUCUUUGGAUGGUUCAAUGCACCAAUGCAUGAGAUUUUGGUAUAGAAUGUCUGGACAAGGUAUUGGUACUCUCAGAUUCAUAAUGGUACAGCUUGGUUCCAAUGUUACCAGUUGGGUUUUAUCAGGCUCUCAAAGUACAUUUUGGAGAUUAGGCCGCUUCCCAAUAGCAAGUAACAAACCAUUCCAGAUCAUCAUUGAAGGGGUUCGUGGAAGCAGUAACAGAGUUAAUUUUGCUAUUGAUGACAUCGAAUUCAACAAUAAGAAAUGCUCUCUGUUUCCUCGAAAGGCCACGGAACUUCCUACGACAUCGACAAUUCCAAGUUCAGUAACCACAGCACUUCCACCAAGGACAACACCAACACCAACUCAAUACGACUGCACUUUUGAAAAAGAUAUGUGUUCUUGGACUAAUGAUGUUAAAGCCGAUUUCAAAUGGGCUAGAGCUCAAGGCCCAUCGGGACACUAUAAGAGUGGCCCAACAACAGACCAUACCUCUGGAACAAAAGACGGCUGGUAUAUUCUGUCAAAGAGAUCGUGGCGCUCUAAAUCUUACUCAAAGGCACGUAUUGUUGGUCCAAGCAUCCCUCCUUCUCAGACACGAUGUCUGAACUUUUGGUAUCACAUGUACGGAGCCUAUGUGAAUCAGCUACAAGUAAAUGUCACACAAGGAACAACUACCAAAAAAUUAUGGGUGAAAACAGGUGACCAGGGCAAUUUAUGGAGACAAGCUUUUAUUCACAUGGAUAAGAGUGCAUAUAAAACUAAUUACAAGAUCACAUUUGAAGCAGUCGGUGGAAUUAAUUAUCGAGAUUUUAUUGCACUUGAUGACAUCCGCUUUACAGUGGGGGCUUGUCAUGAAAAUAACCCAACAUUCUGUGAUUUUGAAUCAGAGGACAAAUGUAAUUAUACUCAUAACAAGAACGCUGACUUUGAAUGGACCUGGCACCAUGGAAGGACACAAAGCUCAGGAACCGGGCCAACUGCGGAUCACACCAUGGGAACUCCAUCAGGACAUUAUUUCUACAUUGAAACCUCAUCCAAGAAAGUGAACCAAACAGCCCAGCUGAUUAGUCCUAUGUAUCAUACUGACACACCAACGUGCUUACAUUUCUAUUAUUUUAUGUAUGGUGAUGAUAUCAAUACACUAAAUAUAUAUCAGGCGUUUGGGAACCAAUUUGAUGAAUUAAAAUCCCCACUGUGGAACAUGGAACAUUCCCAAGGCCCUAAUUGGAUUGAAGGCACAGUAACACUUGCUGCACAUGGUAACUAUACGGUCAUAUUUGAAGGAAUAUCAGGAAAAGGCUUUAGAGGUGACAUUGCCAUUGAUGAUAUUUUCCAAACCAAUGGAUCAUGUCAAACACCAGGUUUCUGUGAUUUUGAAAAUGGUCCCUGCAAUUGGAGAAAUGACAAGCUGGAUGACUUUGAUUGGGUUAUCGGUCAAGGACUCACCUUAACAGAUCAGACUGGUCCUAUAUAUGACCACACCUAUAACAACGCUAAAGGACACUAUAUGUACAUAGACUCUAGCAGCCCAAUUCGUCCAGGAGAUGUCGCUCACCUUCUCAGUGAGCAUUUAUCAGCAAAUAAGAAACCAGGCUGCUUGAAAUUCUGGUACCAGAUGUAUGGAAAGGAUGUAAAUGCUUUGAAUGUUUUGGUGCGAAAGUCUUUUGGCUUUUUGCGCCACUAUGAUGCUGCCUUCAUUUGGACUGUAAAUGGCAACCAGGGACAGAAAUGGUUUAGUGCUCAAGUGUAUAUAGAUCCGAAAUACACUGGCAUGAGUCAUCAGUUAAUUUUUGAAGCAAUUCGAGGGAAUGGAAGUUAUGGAGACAUUGCUAUAGAUGAUAUUUCUAUUUCUCAAGAAUCCUGUUCAAUCAAACCAAUCUAUGCCGAUCCACAGAAAUCAGAAUUCCAGGAGGUGUCUUGUUCUUUUGACAUGAGCUUCUGCCAAUGGUAUCUUGAUUCAAAAUCAGAUUUUAACUGGACUCUGGCUGGAUAUUAUAAACGUAUUAAACCACGUACAGGAUCAGGGUCAUAUAUCUAUAUCAAAAGUUUCCAGAGUAAAAAAGGCAGCAAUGCUAUGAUACACACAACACUUUUGGCACCGACAUCAACUGGUGGCAACUGCCUGUCUUUCUGGUACUAUAUGUAUGGAUCCAACAUAGGUACUUUGAAUGUAUACAUGACAAAAUUCGGUCGUAAAGUAUUAAUCUGGACUAAGCGAGGCUCUCAAGAAAACCAAUGGAAUUAUGCUCAUUUGAAUGUUGAAAAUGAUUAUAACUUCAUGCUGUACAUUGAAUUUGUUACAAAUGGUAGAUCAACAGGAAUGGUGGCAGUUGAUGAUAUUUUCAUGGAUACCAAUGGUUGUCCUCAUCCACGUUCAUGUGAUUUUGAAGUGGAUACAUGUGGCUGGACAAUUGAAACUAAACUGACAAACUUGUGGAGAAAAUCAACUUAUUUCAGCCAAAUUCCUGACCAUACUACUGGAACAAAAUCAGGUCACUACGUCUAUGCAUCUUCCUCCCGAUACGGAAGAAGAACAAAAAUUGCUCGUCUGACAAGUCCGCCUUUCCCGCCUGCUUCCCAAUCAUGUUUAAGAUUUUGGUACAACAUGAAUGUACAGAAUAGCAGUGCACUUCAGCUGUAUGUUAAAACAGGCUUUUUUAAACGGCAAGUAUGGGAACGUACUGGAAACCAAGGAAAAGAAUGGUGGCAAGGCCAUGCAAACAUUGUUGUUCCAUUGCAGCAACUGGGAGUAACUUAUAAGCUGACAUUCCAAAGUGUGCAAGACAGUGGUCAUUCAGAAAUCAUUGCUGUGGAUGACAUAGAACACCUGCCAGGCCCCUGUGAUCCACAGGGCUUGUGUGAUUUUGAGCAGGGGAUGUGUGGUUUCACCAAUGUGUAUGGGGACGACUUUGAUUGGAUUGUAUUCAGUGGUUCCAAACAGAGUUUUGUUUCAGGGCCUACAGAAGAUCACACCACAAAUUCUCCUUCAGGUCAUUAUAUGUACAUUGAUACACGAUUUAAUCGAAAUGAGAAUGACAGGGCUUGGCUUAGUAGCUGGGAAAAUGAGCCAACUAAUGCAACAUGUGUAUCUUUCUGGUAUCAUAUGUAUGGAAAAGGUAUGGGAGACCUGAAUGUCUUCUAUAAGAACAGUCAAUCAAACAGGACAAUUUGGCAUCUAAGUGGAAACCAAGGUAACAUCUGGCUACUUGGCAACUUCACAAUCAUAUCACCAACAACGUAUGUAAUCAUAUUUGAAGGAGUUCGUGGCAAGACGUAUACCAGUGAUAUUGCAUUGGAUGACAUUAGGUUCCAGAAUGGAACAUGUGAGUCAAUAGUUACAGUACCAACUACAACUGUGGCACCAGUUAAAAGAGAUAUCUUCUUCCAGUGCACUUUCGAAUAUGGUUUGUGUGGUUGGCAGAUAGAUUCCACAACAAAUGCUGAAUUUAUGAUCAGUUAUGGAGUAUUUAUCUACAAGAGAGGUGGACCCCGCAGUGAUCACACGCUAGGCAAUCAUUUUGGACAUUAUCUUCUUCUGAACAACUCACAGAGCACCACUAACAGAACAGCCAGGUUUAUCAGCACUGACAUUCAUAUCACAAGACCUAUCUGCAUCACAUUUUGGUAUUACAUGAGAAUUACCAACUUUGGUCAGUUGAAUGUCUAUGUUCAUAACAAUGGCGAGAAGAAGCCACCCAUAUGGACAAGAUCUGGAACACAGGGCUACUAUUGGCUGCAUGCUUCUAUCGAUGUUGCGAACCCAGAAAAAUCAAACAAGGUUUACUUUGAAGCUAUUCGUAACCAUGGUUACUAUGGCAUUGCAUUGGAUGACAUCAAAAUACUGAUUGGCAGCUGCCCUGAAAUAAAUGAAUGUGACUUUGAAGAGGUUGAUAUAUGUGGCUUUGAACAAGGUACAACUGAUAAAUUCAACUGGACAAGAGGUUCUCACUCAACAGCUCGUCGUAGUGGACCACAAAGUGACCAUACAUACAAGUCAUUUUAUGGCCAUUAUAUGUACCUUAAUACGGAAAAGCAUACAAAAGAUGACCAUGCUCACUUAUACACACCACAAUAUCCAGCAACCCAAACAGAGCGUUGCUUAUCAUUUUGGUACUACAUGGAUGGAACAUAUGAGGAUAAAAUAAAUGUCUAUUUGUACCAAAAUAACAAAAUAACAACUAAACUUUGGUUUAUUCAGACCAGUCAAGGACCUCAUUGGCGUUUAGCUACAGUUUCAAUCAAUUCCCAGACACCAUUCCAGGUCUUGUUCGAAGGUAUUCGUGGUUACAACAGUAGAGUUAUUAUUGCUCUGGACGAUGUCAAAGUUUCUCAAACAGCUUGUGAACCGUUAGCUUCCUGUAACUUUGAAGAAGGUUUCUGUGGCUGGUUUAACAACCAUCUUACUAUAGGCCGUAGUAUGAAUUGGGUCAUCAGAACAGGACACUACAGAAGAACUAAACUGGAACCACCAAUUGAUCAUACUGCAGGAGAUUCAUCAGGUUCUUAUGCUCAUAUUUAUUCCAGUAGAACGAGUAAAGGUAGGGCUGCCUACCUUGAAUCUCAGAUGGUUCCUUAUGAAGAAUCACCACGCUUCUGCUUCCACUUUUGGCAUUAUAUGUAUGGCACAGAUGCCGGUUUACUUACUGUUUAUGUUCACUAUCAUGGUCGAUCCCUUAAGGCGAUAUGGACAAGAAACAACACUAUCAGCCACCAGUGGGUUGAAGAACAUGUUACGGUUGGCAGUCAGUAUAUAAACUUUGAAAUGGUUAUCGGAAGUAUUGCUGGUAGUAAUGGAAGCAUAGCCAUUGAUGAUGUGAUGCUAAUGAAAGGUUUAUGCCCCAAUGAGCAAGAAGAGAAGUUUACUUGCAAAUCUGGCCAAAAGAUAUCAAAAGAGAAGGUGUGUGACUUCAUUUUUGACUGUCCUGAUUAUGAUGACGAAGAUAAUUGCGGUUCCUGCUCGUUUGAAGAUGAUAUGUGUACCUGGACUGACAUCAGCCAUGGCUCAUUUGAAUGGGUCCGAGGAAGAAAUGGAAAUAAUAUCACUGAAAGUGGACCAAGUAUUGAUCAUACUAUGGGAACUGCUAAUGGAUGGUUUGCAUAUAUUCACUCAAGCAAUGGAACAAGAACACGGUACGCGAGCCUAGAAAAUAGAGUCAUUCAACAGACCAGUUCCACGUGUGAGCUGAACUUCUGGUACUAUAUAUCGUCAACGACACGUUUUGCCAAUAAUAUUAAUGUAGUACUUCACGAAAGCGAUAUCACUACCUCGCUGAUAAGAUAUGCAAGUCGCUCAAAUGUGUGGCAACAAGCAACGGUUGCCAUUGGAAAAGUUUCCAGACCAUUCCGACUUAUGUUUUAUGGAACCCGUUCGCUUUCAGGAAGAAGUGAUGUGGCCAUUGAUGAUAUCAGUCUGACCGAUUGUAAUUUCCCAAAGGCAGAAGAACAUUGCGAAAAAUACGAGUUCCAUUGUAAGAACAAAGCAUGUAUCGAUUCUUCCCAAGUCUGUGAUCUUAGCAAUGAUUGUGGUGAUGGUAGCGAUGAAGGUGACUGUGAUGACUUCAACAGUUGUGAUUUUGAUUUUGGUCUCUGUGACUGGAGUCAGGAUUGGAAUGAUGACUUUGAUUGGACUCGCACAAAUGGGGAAACUCUUUCAUAUUCUACAGGACCGAAAAGGGACCAUUCUACAGGAACUGGAACAGGUUACUACAUAUAUACAGAAGCAUCAUCUCCACGUAAGAAAGGUGAAAACGCUCGUCUCUAUAGUCCAGUAAUUGCACCUACAUCAAGCAAUGAGUGCUGGAUACGAUUCUUUUAUCACAUGAACGGCUUUCAAAUGGGAACGCUUAAUGUCUACACCCGGACAUCUGUACUUGGAAAAUAUAAAAAAUUGUGGACGAAAACAGGUCAUGUUGCUGAUUACUGGGAGAGAGCAGAUGUAAAGCUGACAUCAAACCAGAAAUUCCAGGUGGUAUUUGAAAGUAUUAUCGGUGGAUUUAGCAGUGAUAUAGCUUUAGAUGAUAUCACUUUCUUACCUGGUUGUGAUAUCAGUAACAACAAUGAAAAGCUUCCCAAUGGAACAGAACCAAAGACAACUCCAAAUCCUUGUCCCAUUGGAUUAUACGCAUGCAGAGAUAGGACUGGAUGUAUUCAAUAUACCAAUGUGUGUGAUUUUGAGAAGAACUGCAAUGAUAACUCUGAUGAAGAUGUUUGCGGAGAUUGUGAUUUUGAAUCUGGCCUUUGUGGUUGGACAGAUUACAGUACUGGAAAAUUUAAAUGGGCCUCUCACCAAGGUGAUGCUAUGGGUAAAAUUGGGCCUGCAAAAGAUCACACCAACAGCAGUACAGGGAAAUAUAUGAGAGUGUUUCCCAACAGUGGUGUUUUCCCAACUCCAGCAGUAAUCAGUACAAGACCGUAUGGAGAGACUGGAAAGCACUGCGUUAUACAGUUUUACGUUUUCCUGUCUGGAGAUGAUAUUGGGGUUUUGAAUCUUAACAUGAUUGACCCUGUAACUGGGAAACUCCUGAAAAAUCUAUACAGUGAGAAAAAGAACCUUGGAAACGCUUGGGUUAAGGAAUCUGUGAAAAUAGGAGCUCAUAAACGUGGAUUCAGUUUGCAAUUUCAAGCACUCCCAGAGACUCAUUCAAAGCCAUUCACAAUAACCACAGACAUAGCUGUUGAUGACCUGAAAUUAAUAAACUGCGACCCUGCACCAAUCAGAAUUUAUACUACACCAACGACAACAUCAGGAAAACAUUCAAAAACAACCCCAGGAAAACAUAUAAAAACAACACCAGGAAACCAUAUAACAUCAAAACCAGGGAAAACUACAAGCAGCUCUUCAGUUUCUACAACACAUAAAUCAAUACCAGGAAAGCCUACAACUCAUAAAACAGGCAGCUCUUCAGGCCGCAUUUCUGCAACUACUACAACUGCUAGUACGACUCCUCCCAUCAAAUGUAAUCCUGAUGAGUUCAGCUGUCGAACCCAAAACGGUUUCGAAUGCUUCCCUACGGCAUACCAUUGUGAUGGAAGGAAGGAUUGUCUGAAUGGAGAAGAUGAAAAUUCUUGCAAGGUAUGCCCGAAAGGUCACACAUAUUGUAAACCUCAGCACAAAUGUAUCAGCUCAACUCGUUGCAAUGGAAUCAGUGACUGUGAGGAUAACUCAGACGAGUCUCUUUGUCAGACUUGCCGACCUGAUAUGUGUCAAAAAGGAGGGCCAUGCCAGGUGAAAGAUGGUAUACCACAGUGCAGUUGUGGAAACCUCACUGUGCAGACCAACUUUAGAUGUCUCAUACCGAAAUUUGAAAGAAUUACAUCACAUCCUUCACACAAGAAAACCUGGGCAAUUCCUGUAGGUAUCAUCUUAGCAUUGAUCAUGGUUGGAGCAUUAGUUUUUGGAAUAUACUUUUUCUGGAAGAGAAGAACACAAAGAAAUUAUUCACCAAGUGUAUCAGCUGGUAUUGACAACCCAAUGUAUAAUUAUGAUUUCAAAAUGACGGAACUUGAACCACCAUCAUUCUCAAAUACCGCAGCACAUGGAGAUUCUACAGCCAUUGAGAACCCAUUAUACUCAGAUUUGAAGUAGAACAGAGGAUCAGCAUUUGUGAAAAGCACAGUACUAUCAAUCAAAAACACUGUGAUCAUUAAUGAGAAACAAAAACCAUUAUUUUAUCUAUCUAUAUAUAUAUAUAUGUAUGUAUAUUUCUAAAAGCAUUGUAUAAAAUUACGUAAAAAUAAAGAUACAUUUUAAGAAAA